GUGACGACGAAUACGUAACUGGUAAGUACUCAGCUGAAGAAUAAUAACACGCUGACAUGGGACAGGCACCCUUACGGGUUCGAGAUUUUCGGAUUUGUCGACGGUCCGGGUGGUUCUAAUCGUGCCUAUUUAGCCGCUUUUUGCUGUAUUACUGGCGAAUAUGGCGUCAUACUUAACAGUCUCCGUUACUAGGCCAUGGAUGCCAUCAAAGAGGAGAUACGACAAGUGGACCCUCUGGCCCCAUCGCCCGAUCCCCAAUCGGGCAUACCGUCUUCGGUAGGCGUCUCUAAUAAUCAGCCCCAUCUGGUGACGGCAACUAACAUUGUUCAACUGACCCUACCGUCCCAAACUCAAGCGCAGGUUCAAAGUGUUAUCCAGCCCAACCAACAGUCGGUCAUACAGACAGCUACGAAUCUACAGCCUAUGUUGAGCAAAGGGAACGUCAUAUUGGUCAGCAGUAAACCGAAUUCCGUGAUACAAACGACGCAGGGGAAUUUACAAACGUUACGAUCUUUGCAGGUAGUGGAAGCCGGAGACAGCGACAGUUUUUCGGAAGAGGAAUCUCCAAAGAAGCGCAGGGAUCUGUUGACGAGAAGGCCGUCUUAUAGGAAGAUUUUAAAUGAUCUUGGAGGGGGUGAGAUAGCUGAGACAAAAAUCGAGCAGACUUCAUCAGAAGCAGAUAGUGAGCUGUCUUCUCACUCUAUCCCAUACCACACAGUUCUGCCCGCCACGGCCCUUCAAAUUACUAGCGGGGAGGGCGGCCAGGGCAUACAAACCCUAACGAUGACCAACGCCACAGCAGGCGGAGCCAUCGUCCAGUACGCCCAAGGACAGGAAUUCUUCGUACCCGUGGUGGCGCAAAGCGGGAAUAUCUCGGGUAGCGGGGGCGAGGACCAGGCGCGCAAGCGCGAGAUGCGGUUGCUGAAGAACCGCGAGGCGGCGCGCGAGUGUCGCAGGAAGAAGAAGGAGUACAUCAAGUGCUUGGAGAACCGGGUGGCGGUGCUGGAGAACCAGAACAAGGCGCUCAUCGACGAGCUGAAGUCGCUGAAGGAGCUCUACUGUCAGCAGAAGAACGAAUGAGAUCGAUCGGCGGACGAAGGGGUUCCGACGAAGGACUGAGUUUUUUGUAUUUCGUUAGGGGUGGUUUUGUCGGGGGUGGCAGAGCGGUGCAAUUUAGGGAUGAGAGGAGUCCGCGUUGGCGGCGGUGCGAUUUUUUUUUUAUUCAGGUUUUGGUUUUUUUUUUUUUGUGUGGAGAGAUGUUGGGAAAAUUCGAGUCCGAAUUUCGAUUUGCUAGUCAGUGAUUUUGUGGAAAACUGCCUGUUUAAAAAAAACGGUUUUUUUGUUGGAUAGCUUUGUUUUUUUUUUGGAUACGUUUAUUUAUUUACAAUCUUCUUUGUUUUUCAUUGCAUGUUAAUUAUUUUAACGCACAUUUAAGACUCGUGUCGUGCUGACGUAAUGCAUGAAACAACAAAAUCGGUUAAAAAUCGAUUCUGCAUAAGUCAACAUGACAGAUGUCACUCGAGUUAUUUUUUCCAAAUACACAAAAAACUCGUAGCAUUUCUCGGUGAUCUGAAUAAUUAGAAUAUAUUUUGUACAUUUUGUAGUAUAGAGAUUUAAACUUUAAUUUAGCUUAUAAACAUUGACGACUCAUUUUGUUUUAAAAAAUAUUGGCGAACGAAUGAUUUUAUCGAUGAAAUUUGUUAGAUGUUCCUGACAGCUGCUAUCCUGACUGUCAAUGUCAAUCAUCUUUUGGUACAAUUUAUUUUGUUGAUUUUUACGUAUAAAAUUUUAAAAAUCGCUGAAAAUUGAAAAUAAAUGUUAAGUUUGUAGAAGGAAUGAAGGCUUGUGAAAAAAGUUGUAAAUUUUUAAGGAAGCCGAUGUACAUAUUUACCAUAAAUUAAAUGUUUAAUGCCGCGUACCUUCAAAAAGUACGAAUAUAUGUAUAAGUUAUAAACUAUAUUUUGAUAACAAGUACUUAAAAUUUAAUUAUUUAUUGAAUUUUGCGUUGAUUUUAUUUUGGUGAAAAAAUAGUUCUUUUUGAAGGUACAUUUCGAGUCCAGAUUUGCGGAGUGCCUUCUAGAUUUUAUAACGCGUAUUUUGUAAUGUAAAUUAUUGUCUGUGCCAUUUAUAAAUAAAAAAAUCUAGGAAUGUUAUGUUACAAAAUACUUAAAAAAAAUAAUACAAAACUUUUUGGUCUAAUCUUCAAACAGUGUCUUAGAGAAAUCUCAAAGAAUUUUAUACCAGUGAUUCAAAAUUCUUCGAUUUCUUGCCGACAUCAACGGGAAGCCCAUUAGUGUGAUAUUCUUCAGCUUGGGCGACCCUGUAUAUAACGCCUGUAAUUAUUGUAUAUGUAUUUUUACA